CUCAUCAUCCACUUUCCUCUCUCAUAACAUCAACUAUACGAGCGAGCACAGUCUUUCCAUCGCUACCUCUAUUAUUCAAUCUCCAUCGCACUAUCUAUUACGAUUAUACAAACAGUCUUUCCAUUACCAUCUCCAUAUCAUCUGUCUAAGUCGUACCACAUCUGUUAUACCUAGUUACAACCAUUUCGCCAAAAAUCGCUCAUUUUGUUAUACACAAGAAUUGUAUUUUGCAGUAGCUAUUUAGAUCAGCCCUGGUUGUGAUAUGCCCUUCAGCACCUGUAGUAGGCGGACCUUGAAUCACCUAUUGUAGGAUGUUCAGUAUUAACCUCCUGUAGGACGCUCAGUACGAACUUGUAGGUACCAACCUCUAGGAUGAUCAAGUACCAACCUCUAGGAUGAUCAAGUACCAACCUCUAGGAUGAUCAAGUACCAACCUCUAGGAUGAUCUAGUACCAACCUCUAGGAUGAUCUAGUACCAACCUCUAGGAUGAUCUAGUACCAACCUCUAGGAUGAUCUAGUACCAACCUCUAGGAUGAUCUAGUAUCAACCUGUAGGAUGAUCUAGUAUCAACCUGUAGGAUGGUCAAGUAUCAACCUCUUGCGGGAUGGCGCUAACAAUGUCUCUCCAAGUGUCCUAUCUUGAAUACACAGGCAGCUAUGUCUUCUCAGGCGUUCGGCUGUACAGACGUACCUGUAGUUAUUAGAUGGGGCGAUGCUGAACCAUACAACUAUAUUGGCACACGAAUUCAACACCUCCGAAUGAACAUAAACCUCGGCACGGAGGCAAGUCCCGAGUUGCUCUUUUGGUUCAGCGUAACAGUUGGAGUUAAAGCGAGUCCCGAAUCCUCUACCACACGUAUAAAGUCGCUCUACUUCGUUAUCCAAGCUAGUUCGCUUGAUUUCAACGGCAAUGGUACACCUCUAACCUUGGAGAAUCCAAACUCUGAUUAUUCUCUCAACACUAGUGCAGCCAUACAAGAGGCUGGUAUAUGUUCCGAUCAAGCCACUGUUGCGCGCAUACGCUUUCAGCUUCACGAUCAUGGCACAGUGUUCAUGCACCCGAUUGAUAGGCAUGCGUUCACCCCUGCGUCGGAAAAUGUCUCACAACUAUUGGUUAGCAUGCAGUCCCUUUCCCAGGCCGAGCAAUUCUGGGUAUAUACAUCGCUCGAAGGACCGCUUCUUACGGAUCUUUGGAAAAGGAUCGAUUUAAUACGUAGGGGAACCUUUGCCAGUGACUUUACGACUCAGAGCGUAUACAAACAUGGCAUGGUAUGUGACAAGUGGACGAAUUUCAAUCUCUUUGCUAGGAAUGGGAACUCGGCGAAACGUCAGGGUGCUGGAAUGAAACGCAAAGGUGAUUCGGCAAUUGGCCCUUGUUGAGCGAUAGUGCUGACAUAACAAAGAUAGUGAUCGUCUCUCUGCAUCUGAUGGAGCUUCUAGCAAAAAUCUACCAUCCUCUGACCGUGACCAAAGGCUCGUGGAUACCGAAACCGGUGAAGAGCCCCACAGAGAGCCGAAGCGUAAACACAGCAAGACAGUCCGCGAUGCUACGCCAUCAGGCAUCCUGGAGAACGUUGCUGGUCCUAGUGGUUUUAACUCUAGUGAGCGCUUCCUUUUAUAACACCUUUUCUCAAGCACUACUAACUAUGUCCCCUAGACACAUCCUGUACGAAUGAUCAAAGUUCCAGAGUUCGGUUCGCCGAACCGUAUCAUGAAGUUAGCGACUACCUUGAAGAGCAAUUGGCUGCCUUCAUAUUUUGGGUGCUAGGGAUUGACACACACUUAGAGAGGGAUUGUGAUCAGGUCUUCUCAGAUCUUGGCGGCGCGGUGUUACGUGGAGAUAUGACCGAAUUUAUCGAAAUAAAGUCGAUGUGUAUGGCGAAAAUUUAUUGUACAUAUGCCAAAAGAGGAUCUGCAUGGGUUUUGAGGAAUGCUUUCUGAUAGGAGAUAAUAUAUUUCUGUAACUUUAUUUUGAGCUAUACUGGUGGUAUUUUUGAUA